AUGGCUGCUACCGAACUAAUAGGUCGCUCGUUUUCCGAUGCUCUCUAUGAACGAUAUUGUGAUUUCGAUUCAACAUUUGACGAUCUCAAAAAUGGAUGUGACAUUGUCUUCUUCGUUGGAUCAUCGCCGAAGAAAACAGAAUCAGGCCUCGUCCUCAAUGCAUCCACUGUUGUUCUAACUGAUGAGCGCAUUUCACAUGUGGGUGAUCGUCAUGCUGUGGAAACAUCGUGUUUACAUGUCGAACUUGUCGAUAUUUCAUCAAAUGCAUUCUCGGAUUGGCACGAAAUAUCACUUCUUCUUUCCUCGCUACCUCAUGUUAAAACAAUCAAUCUAAGCUUUAAUCCAUUUCCAUCUCAUCUGCAUAUUUUACCUGAUGAAAUUCAAUGGCCUAAUCUCAAUACCCUAUGUCUCAAUGGAAGUCGUAUCAGUCUCGAAAUGAUCGUAGAAUUAUUGAAGAAAACGCCGAAUUUGGAAGAAUUACAAAUCUGUUCAAAUAAUUAUACGAAAAUAUCGUCAAGUUACAAUUUCGUUCAUACUCGUCUCAAACGUGUUUAUAUUUCGAAUAAUAAUCUAACCGAUUGGAAAUCUCUCUGUCGUCUUGGUUGUUUAUUUCCAUCGCUUGGAACGUUGAUCGCUAGUGAUAAUCCUCUGCAAAGUUUUCGUUCAGAUGAUGAUCUACAAAUCUGUCUACCGAAUUUACACACACUCAGUGUUGAUCAAGUUCAAAUCACCGAAUGGAAUGAUAUCAUUGCCUUGACAAAACUUCCGUCUUUACACGCCUUACGCAUCUAUUCAGCGCCAUUACUCAAGUCGUAUCAAAAAGAUGAACGAUUCUUUCUUUUACUUGGCUAUUUGAAAAAUUUGAUAAAACUAAAUGGAAGUGAUAUCACAGCAAUAGAAAGAGAAACAAAUGAACGACGAUUCAUUCGUUAUUUUUCUCAGCAAGAUGAUAAACCACCAAGGUAUUUCGAUUUAAUCGAAAAACAUGGAAAUCUCAAACCAUUAGCUGAUAUUUCCAUUCGUGCGCCUUAUCUAAUUCAAGUACAUCUUGUAUAUAAUCAAGUAACUUAUGACAAAGAAAUUGAUGUUCGACAAACAGUACAACAAUUCAAGAAAUAUCUUCAAAACAUUUUUCAUAUCCCAUCGAAUCGUCUACGCGUGUUUUAUGUAGAUGAUGUUGCUUUCAACAUGGGCUUUUGUGGGCCUGAAGAACUCAAGUAUCCUCAACGAUUAUUGCACACAUAUAAUAUUCAUGAUGGCGAUCAAUUUCAUAUUGAUGUGAAACCUGAUUAUCGGAAACCUCAGCCAUCGAAUCAAUCAGCACAUACAGCUCGGCGUAUACGAAAGAAAUCUACUGAUAAUUCUCCGAAUUCAUCCUUCUCUUCGACAUCAUCUGAAGACGAUAAAAUCUCUUUACCAUUUUCAUUUGAUUCGUUGCAAAAAUUAUCAAAUCAAAAAGAUAUCGAUCUUCAUCAUCAAACGUUUGUUCAGCUCGAUCAACUCUAUCCGUCCAUAGAGAAAGUAUCGGAAAUAAAUGAUGACGAUGAUGAUCUACUCUCAGCUGCAGCGAUGGCUUGUAAUCAAAUGAAGAAAAACUAA